AAAAAAAGAGCCGAACGGUCACGUGAUCACAAGCCGUAGUUCAAGAUGGAGACUAAACGGUUUGCUGGCUUCACUGUUAGCUAGCUAGCUGUUUACAAUAACCACAAUAUGGCAAAUACGACGGAAAACUGGACGUUUUAACGCUAAUAGCAAGAGUUGUUAUCUAACCUGGGACGUGCAUUUCGCAGCUUUUGACCACGAUGAAGUAAAGUUAUUUGUAAACAUAGACCACCAGAAGAAUAUUCAAGAUAAGAGGUAACUUAUACAGCCAGAGGAGGAAAACUGUCAAUGGUCAUCUUCACAAACUCAUUUUAAGAGAGAGGAGAUCGAUAUGGCGCUGAGGGAGUUAAAAGUUUGUCUCCUGGGGGACACUGGCGUUGGAAAGUCGAGUAUUGUUUGGAGAUUUGUGGAGGACAGCUUUGACCCAAACAUCAACCCAACAAUUGGAGCAUCCUUCAUGACCAAGACAGUGCAAUACCAAAACGAGCUGCACAAGUUCCUGAUCUGGGACACGGCAGGACAGGAGCGGUUUCGUGCUCUAGCGCCGAUGUACUACAGAGGUUCAGCUGCGGCCAUCAUUGUUUAUGACAUCACGAAAGAGGAAUCCUUCCAAACACUGAAGAACUGGGUGAAGGAGCUGCGCCAGCAUGGUCCUCCUAAUAUAGUGGUCGCCAUCGCUGGCAACAAAUGUGACUUGUCAGAUGCCAGGGAAGUGCCAGAGAAGGAUGCCAAGGACUAUGCUGACUCCAUCCAUGCCAUCUUUGUAGAAACCAGUGCCAAGAAUGCCAUUAACAUCAACGAAGUGUUUAUAGAGAUAAGUAAGCGCAUCCCCAUUGCAGACGCAGCAGGAGGUACUUCGGGAAAAGGUUUUAAACUGGGACGGCAGGCCUCGGAGUCUCGCAGGACGUGCUGCUGAUGAUGCCGGUGACCCCACAUGACAUGUGACCUGACCUUUGCUUACCCUCUGUGUCCCCGGCCUGCUUCAGCUUACAGCCACCACACGCCGUCAUAAAACCCUGCUAUCUCUGAAACCAUGGGCCAUAGCAAAUGCAUUUUUACAACAACAGUAAAUCUUCAUAUAUUGUCUUAAAAUUGCCGGAGAAACAUUGUUAUGCCUGCGUUAAUACAUCCAUGUCUAAAUGAAAGAUCCCUAUAUAUAUAUAUAUAUAUAUAUAUAUAUAUAUAUAUAUAUAUAUAUAUAUAUAUAUAUAUAUAUAUAUAUAUAUAUAUAUAUAUAUAUAUAACAUAAACCAUUAUGGACAUCAACCACUGCUUAUUUAAGCCCUAGGUUGAUCAGAGAAACUUUAUAGCUGCAGAUUCAUGGAUUCAGAAAUCAUUUUUACUUACAAAUCCACUAUCUUUCGACCAAAAUAUGGGCUAAAAAUGGUUCAGUUUCACCAAAUUAUUUUGAUAGUACUUAAGUUACUGCUUUUUGGAGGGGAAGGUCUCUCCCAAAUCAUUCUCAACUUUGUGAAGGAUCCAUCUAUACAGUUGUGUGUGUAAUCACUAAUUUAUCAUAAUGCUUUGAUGAAAGAGGUUGUGGUAAUCAGCAGUACCUAUCUCUCAUCAGCUUUUGGAAGGAUAUUUAGAGAAAUGAUGGUGAUUCACAGUCAAGCAUGAAGGACUGGGAAAACUAAAUUGAAGUUUUAUUGUGUGAUUGCUGUUUUCAUCAAGAGGUUUUUCAAGGCAAAAUUCCAAGUGGGUGUUUUGAUGUAAAUUGCACUGUUAAAAAUACAGGAAUGAAAGGUGUGUAGAUUCCUUUACAUUAAAGGAGUAGUUUGACAUUUUGUGAAAUACGCUUAUUUGUGCCCUAACCUAUGGUGAGAUGAGAGUAUCAACACCAAAUAUCAUAUCUUGAUUUGGUAAAUAUGAAGCCGGAGCCAGUAACCAGUUCAUGUACUUAGCAUAAAGACUGGAAAUGUGGAAACAACUAGCCUGGCUCUGUCCAAAGUUUACAAAAUCUACCUGGCAGUACCUCUCAAGCUCACUAAUUAACACAAUGUAUCUCAUUUGCUAAGCUAACCGGCUGCUGACUGUUGCCUUAUAUUUAAUGGACACAUAUGAGAAUGGUAUUUCCCAAAAAUGAACUAUUCCUUCAAUUUCAAACUAUUGUUCUCUUUGGCUGCUCCACACUUCCGCUUGUAAUCAUUGAGAUGGUAUCAAGUGAAUCCUGAAUAUGAAGUUCCCCAUAGUGCACACAGUACACUCACAAUAUCACUUUAGCUUUAUUUUUCUCUAAUCUUAUUAUAACUGUUCACUGGCUAGCCUGUCGGUCUAUGGUCAGUCCUCAAUCCUUUGCUGCUACUUUACAACAGUUUUACAGGGGAGGCUGAUACUUGUGAGGUCUUGCCAAAUUCAUUAAGUGUUCCAUAAACAUUUUUCAUUCCCCCGUAAUCAGCAGGGGUUCUCACAUGCAAUGUUGUUGUUUUACGGCUUGGCACUGUGACAGUGAGAUCUGGAAACUGGACAUCGUUUAGAGGAUACUGAGAUUGUAGAGCUUAAAUUUCCCCUUAGCAAAACGUCAUAGGUGCCGAAUUAGAUGUGGCACUGUGUCGACAUGCUGACCCCUUAAUGAACCUUAGUCUCCAUUCUGCUUUGAAUUACUGUAUGUGCUUUGUUCCAGGGUCUGCCUUUUGAGUUGACUUUCUCCCACCUUUUGCCUCAUUCCUCUAAAUUCCAGGCACUUAAGGAAAGUCCAGCUUUCAUUUUCAGUCAAACAAAUAUGGUACACCGUACAACAGCUUUCACAGAGCUCUACAUCACUUCUUAUGUUCAUGAAAACCAUUAAUACUCUGUGAUCCCUCUGCUAUGUUACAGUAGUUUCAUUUACCUCUUAUACUGGCCAAAUUGAACUUCAGUAGCAGUUGACUCAUGAGUCCCCACAGACUUAUUAAUUAUGUGUAAUUUCAUGCUUGUCUGUAUCUUUUGAGUCCUUUUAGGCCCAAAACCUCUUAACAAAGUUGCCAAAAAAUACAGAUGUGGGCUCAAUUAGACCAAUCCAUUUCCACAUUUAUAAAUUUUGAUUGUGUGCUUUUCUGUCAGCGCACACCACUUUAUUUGCCUUCAAGCAUCUUAAAUGUAUGUGUUAUUGAUGAGUUGUGUGCUAAGCAGCAGUGCCUAUUUUUUUCAGGAUGUUUCAAUGGAGUGCAAUAGUAGUUACUAUGACAAAGGUAAAAUGUGACCUAAUCCAAGAAAUUGGUUACAGAGUGAUUCACACUCAUGUGACAAUGUGAUCUCAUUCUCUGCAGUCUCAAACAGAUUAUGAUGACAGGUUUAGAUUGACCUCAGUUUUGCUCAGACUUGAUCAAAUGAGCAGUGUGAAGAGGCCAACCAAACCUGUAGAAAACCAUAGUGGCUUUCGCUAUUGACUUUGAUCAUUUGCCCUGCACUACAUCAUAAUGCUCUCUAAAUAGCUUCAGCAAUUAUAUCAGAAAGGGAAGCACUCUGGUACUUUGAAAGCUGCACUUUGACUGUUUGUAUUAAUUGACCCCUAUUACUAACUCUCAGUCUGCAGUCUGUCUUAUUAUCUCAAAUCACUCGAUGAAACAUUCUUGUGAUGGUUUCAGAUUCCUUUAUGUCCCUUGAUGUUACUUUAGGUUUUGACUGUUUGCUCAGUUCUUAUUGCUAUGCCAAAUAAUGUCAAACCAUUUUACUACACCAUGCAUAGUUAACCUUUUUUUAAUUGUUAAUGUAAUAUAAUAUAAUGAUUGAAAGUGUUAAUCACAUAAAUGUGUAAAAAAGAUUUGAAGUUUGAUAAUAACUCACAUGUUUUUCCCUUAUUUGGAAACAGGAGGCAUGGAAAGAUAUUGUAUGCCAGUUUUUUUCAUUGAAAAAUAUUAAUAGUCUUGGGCUGGCCCUGGGAAUGUGAUUAAUCUAUAUUAUGUAUAUUUUUCAGUGUAGAUAUAUACCAUCCAAUUGUACACAAAUCAGUGACUAUAUUCUAUUCUAAGCCAGUUGUAGACUCGUACACCAUUUGCAGUAAUUCCAUCAGCAUUGUAGUUACCAUAUUUAGCUUUUUACUGUUUCAUAUUGAUUGUAACAAAAUGCCUGACAACACUUGUUUGCAGUGUAUUUCUAAAUGUGUAAAAAGGGAAUUGUCAAUUUGUUUACUAAUAAAAGAUUGACAAAAAUAUA